AUGGGGCUCCCAAAAUUCACACGGCCCAAAACACCGGCGACUAAUUCACCAAGUCCUUACCUUUACGUAGCCAACUGUGGACCAGCCGUUGGACUUUCCUAUGACACGAUUGCUUCAGUAUUUAGCAAAUUUGGAGAAGUGAAAGGAGUAUACGCAGCAGAUGAAAGCGGAACACGUGUAGUUGUUUGCUAUUUUGAAGUCACGUCAGCCCAACAAGCUCUCACUGGAUUGAAUGAGAAAUCUUGUCCUGAUCUUGGUGGCAGGUCUUUGCAUAUUCGGUAUUCAGUUAUUCAACCAAAUUGUGAGGCUGAAAGUCUGGUUAAUGAACACAUUCCGGUUUCAUUACUGGCUUCGGAGGUUAAUAUUCCUGGGCUUUUUUUGGUUCAUGAUUUCGUCAGUCCUCAGGAAGAAAAGGAGUUAUUGGCAGCUGUUGAUGAAAGGGCUUGGAUAAGUCUAUCUAAAAGAAGGGUGCAGCAUUAUGGAUAUGAAUUUUGUUAUGGAACAAGGAAUGUUGAUACAAAACUGCAUUUGGGCCAACUUCCAUCAUUUGUUUCUCCAAUACUUGAAAGGAUUUCAUUGUUUCCAGGUCUUGGCAGUGCUACAAGCAUAGUCUUGGACCAACUCACAGUCAAUGAGUACCCACCUGGAGUGGGCUUGUCUCCACACAUAGACACCCAUUCUGCAUUUGAGGGAUUAAUUUUUAGCCUUUCGUUAGCAGGGCCUUGCAUCAUGGAGUUCAGGAGAUAUUUGGAUGGUUCAUGGGUUCCUGAUGGUGUCUCUAGUGAUAAUAAAAAGGGAGAAAAUGCUGAAAACUGCUCAAAUCUAGUAAGGAAGUCUAUCUAUCUUCCCCCUCGGUCCAUUCUUCUGUUAUCUGGGGAAGCACGCUAUGCUUGGCAACAUUACAUUCCACACCAUAAGAUUGACAUGGUGAAUGAAAGUGUGAUCAGAAGGGGUGCAAGGAGGGUAUCAUUUACAUUUCGUAAGGUACUAAGUGGUCCUUGCCAGUGUGGAUUUCCACAGUACUGUGAUUCUCAAAGGUAG